CUAGCCAAUCCUCUCUCUCUCUCUCUCUCUCUCUCUCUCUCUCUCUCCAUUCAUUCUCACAGGAGAAUCCAGUCCUCGAGGAUCCUCAAACCCUAGCUCCCUCCAUUCGAAGUUUGUAAGGGGAACAUAACUUUAUCCUUGUAAUGGCUGCAAUCGCGGCCUCGGCCUUCUUUCCGACCUCUUCAUCCUCACCCAAUUCAUCCCUCAAAGGCUCAAAGUCAAUUGGAGAGAGCCCUGAUUCUCUGAAUGUCAAAGGAAUCACGGCGAAACCCAAUUCAUGUUCGAAAUCUCUUGAGGUUAAAACCCAUGCCCAAGCCCUUCCUAAGAUCAAUGGAACAAAGGUAGGCUUAAAAACUGAAUCCUCAAAGGCUGAGGAUGAUGCUCCUUCGACCACUGUCACUGCUCCGAGGACAUUUUACAACCAAUUGCCGGAUUGGAGCAUGUUGCUUGCUGCCAUAACCACUAUGUUCUUGGCUGCUGAGAAGCAGUGGACUCUUCUUGAUUGGAAACCGAGAAGGCCCGAUAUGCUCGCUGACGCUUUUGGGUUUGGGAAAAUUGUUCAGGAUGGGCUUGUGUUUAAGCAGAAUUUCCCGAUAAGGUCAUAUGAGAUAGGGGCGGACAAAACAGCAUCUAUAGAGACUUUGAUGAAUCACCUGCAGGAAACAGCGCUUAAUCACGUGAAGAGAGCUGGGUUGUUGGAUGAUGGGUUUGGUGCAACGCCUGAAAUGAGUAAAAAGAAUCUGAUAUGGGUUGUCUCUAAGAUGCAGGUGCUUGUGGAGCAUUAUCCUUCAUGGGGUGAUGUUGUUGAAGUAGAUACAUGGGUCAGUGCAUCUGGAAAAAAUGGGAUGCGGCGUGAUUGGCAUGUUCGUGAUCUCCGGACUGGCCAAACUGUCAUGCAAGCCACGAGUGUUUGGGUGAUGAUGAAUAAACACACUAGGAGAUUGGCUAAAAUGCCAGAAGAAGUCAGAGCAGAAAUUGGACCCUAUUUUAUUGAAUGUGGUGCUAUUAUAGCUGAUGAUAGCAGGAAGCUUCCUAAACUGGAUGACAACACUGCAGAUUAUGUUAAGAGUGGUUUAGCUCCUCGAUGGAGCGAUUUGGAUGUCAAUCAGCAUGUGAACAAUGUCAAGUAUAUUGGCUGGAUUCUCGAGAGUGCACCCAUCUCACUCCUUGAGAGUCACGAGCUGGUUAGCAUGACUCUAGAAUACAGGAGGGAGUGCGGUAGAGACAACGUUCUACAGUCCCUCACUGCUGUUACCACUGAUUGCACCGAUGACACAUCUGAAACUAAUCAGAAAAUCGAGUGUGAUCAUCUGCUGCGGCUUGAAUCUGGGCCUGAGAUUGUAAGGGGACACACCGAAUGGAGGCCCAAGAGUGGCCUCGAGAACAUGGGCCCACAUCCAGUUGCAAGCAUAUAAGUUCAUCAAGAAUAGCUGCCAAUUUGUCUAGGGUAGAAGAAGGGGAGAAUUCUCCUGUUGUUUGGUUUUCUUUUUCGUUUUUAUUUUCAUUUAAUUGAGUUGUUAUCUUUAUCGUUGUCCCCUCUUCUUCCACACGAAGCCCAUCCAUAUGUAAGUAAUCGAUUAUGCUCUAUUUGAUCUUUCAGAUCUCUGAUGCAAGGGAAGUAAAAAAAAAAAAAAAAACUGUUGAGGAGAUGCUUGCAGUAUGCUCUAGUUUUUGGAAGUUGAUUUUUUUUUGCCCAUGUAUGCUUGUGCCUUAGCCUCAGGUUACUAUUGAGGAAGAUUGAUCUUAGUAAGUUUUUGGUGUUUGAUUA